AUGUCUUCGAACGCCAAUAAUUCUAUGGGCUUCACUGGGCAGCAGAAUGAUGGAUUCUGCGAGCUAACAGGACCGGAAGAUAAAUGUGUUAGCGUCUUGGAUUCUGACGAUGGAGGUGAUUGGGACGAUGAAGAGGACGAAGAUUUCGAGCGGGACUUCCUCCUCGGGCCUCUUACUCACUUGCUUUUGCAUCGGUUCGUCGAGCCCAACCCCCGUACUAGCUGCAACGUUGCGGUAGCAGCUCUCAGAAAACCAUUGUCUCUGCUGACCAAGUACAAACACAAGAAGUUGCAGGACGAUUCGAAAUAUUUCCACGAAGUUUUCUCCAGCCAUUGCCCGAGGCUCCAUCGAGCCAAGCUUUUCAGCCGACGCUCGCCCCUCAGAGAGGUGCAAAACGUGGAUGACAAGGAAAUUUGUUGA